UUUAGCUCUGGGGAGAGUCAAACUGGAUUCCACAGGGAGAGCCUGCAAAUCACUUCUAUUUUAGCAAGGAGAAAACAGAAUCUCCAUCCAGCAGGGUCCACCCCUCUCUUUCUCCCUCUCCUCUCUCUUUCUAUCUCUUUCCCUCCCCCCCUUUCCUCUUUUCCUCUCUCUCCCCUUCCCCCCACCCUCUCCGGUGUGUCUGUCUACAGCAACCAGCGUCCUCAUCUACACGCACGGAAAGGAAAGAAACAUCUUUGGUUGAGAGAGGAGGAAAAAAGAGAGAGAGGAAAAAAAAAACUUGCCUGAUUGUGGAAAAUGACACUUCAAGGAGCCAAGCCGGCUUCGAGAGUCGUAUCUAUUGUUUCUUAAAUUGUCAUCAGGGUGAUUUUUUUUCUUCCUGCUUCUUCAAGUGAAGGUACCUCUACAAAAGGAAACUCCAGCCCCUCCAACGGCCUGUGAUUACUACAAAAAAAAAAAAAAGCAAAAAAAAAAAAAAAAGGAAAAAAAAGCACCCAAACUCAAAAUCAACCAACCAAACAACCCCCAACAGCAAAGCAUACAUCUCUAUUUUUUCUUAAUUUUGGUCUUUUCGUUGGAUUUUCCCUUUCUUUUUUUCCCUCACCCCUCCCCCUUGUUACCGCUCAGUUUUGAGCGAAGGUUUACAUUUUUAAAAAUUUUGCUUUUCAGUCCGCCGCCUUGAUGUAGCGCGAGUUUCAUCGAUUCAAAAAAAAAAUCUGUGGUUGGCGUUUUUCUUCUUUUUUUUUUUCAAUAUUUUCAAAGGGGAGGAGAUUUUCCACAAGAAAAGGUUGUUUUCAUGUUUGGGAUCCAGGAAAGCAUCCAACGGAGUGGAAGCAGUAUGAAGGAGGAGCCGCUGGGCAGCGGCAUGAACGCGGUGCGGACGUGGAUGCAGGGCGCCGGGGUGCUGGACGCCAACACAGCGGCGCAGAGCGGGGUGGGUCUGGCCCGGGCUCACUUUGAGAAGCAGCCGCCUUCUAAUCUGCGGAAAUCCAACUUCUUCCACUUCGUCCUGGCCCUCUACGACAGACAGGGCCAGCCCGUGGAGAUUGAGAGGACUGCCUUUGUGGGGUUCGUGGAGAAGGAAAAAGAAGCCAACAGCGAAAAGACCAAUAAUGGGAUCCACUACCGGCUCCAGCUCCUCUACAGCAAUGGGAUAAGGACUGAACAGGAUUUCUAUGUGCGCCUCAUCGACUCCAUGACUAAACAAGCCAUAGUGUAUGAAGGCCAAGACAAGAACCCUGAAAUGUGCCGAGUGUUGCUCACACAUGAGAUCAUGUGCAGCCGCUGUUGUGACAAGAAAAGCUGUGGCAACCGAAAUGAGACUCCCUCAGAUCCAGUGAUAAUUGACAGAUUCUUCCUGAAGUUUUUCCUUAAAUGCAACCAAAAUUGCCUAAAGAAUGCAGGAAACCCACGUGACAUGCGGAGAUUCCAGGUCGUGGUGUCUACCACAGUCAACGUGGAUGGCCAUGUCCUGGCAGUCUCUGAUAACAUGUUUGUCCACAAUAAUUCCAAGCAUGGGCGGAGGGCUAGGAGGCUUGACCCCUCGGAAGGUACGCCCUCUUAUCUGGAACAUGCAGCUACUCCCUGUAUCAAAGCCAUCAGCCCGAGUGAAGGAUGGACGACGGGAGGCGCGACUGUGAUCAUCAUAGGGGACAAUUUCUUUGAUGGGUUACAGGUCAUAUUCGGUACCAUGCUGGUCUGGAGUGAGUUGAUAACUCCCCAUGCCAUCCGUGUGCAGACACCUCCUCGGCACAUUCCUGGUGUUGUGGAAGUCACAUUGUCCUACAAGUCCAAGCAAUUCUGCAAAGGGACUCCAGGCAGAUUCAUCUAUACAGCGCUCAAUGAACCCACCAUCGACUAUGGUUUCCAGAGGUUACAGAAGGUCAUUCCCCGGCAUCCUGGUGACCCGGAACGCUUGCCGAAGGAAGUGAUCCUUAAAAGGGCUGCAGAUCUUGUUGAAGCCCUGUAUGGGAUGCCCCACAACAACCAGGAGAUUAUCCUGAAGAGAGCUGCCGACAUUGCAGAGGCUCUGUACAGUGUCCCUCGCAACCACAACCAGCUACCGGCUCUUGCUAAUACUUCGGUCCAUGCAGGGAUGAUGGGCGUGAACUCCUUCAGUGGGCAACUGGCUGUGAAUGUCUCUGAGGCAUCACAAGCCACCAAUCAAGGUUUCACCCGCAACUCAAGCAGCGUGUCACCACAUGGGUAUGUGCCGAGCACCACCCCUCAGCAGACCAACUAUAACUCUGUCACCACGAGCAUGAAUGGCUACGGCUCUGCCGCCAUGUCCAAUUUGGGCGGCUCCCCAACCUUCCUCAAUGGCUCAGCUGCCAACUCACCCUAUGCCAUCGUGCCAUCCAGCCCCACCAUGGCCUCCUCUACAAGCCUCCCCUCCAACUGCAGCAGCUCGUCGGGCAUCUUCUCCUUCUCACCAGCCAACAUGGUCUCCGCCGUGAAACAGAAGAGUGCAUUCGCACCAGUCGUCAGACCCCAGACCUCCCCGCCUCCCACCUGCACCAGCACCAAUGGGAACAGCCUGCAAGCGAUAUCUGGCAUGAUUGUUCCUCCCAUGUGAAAGAAUUGCCUUGAAGAAUUUUAUUAAUGAAGAGGUUGGAUUCUGCUACGAAAGUAAUCUGAUAUGAGUCCCAGAGUGGAACUUUUAACUCAGGCCUUUUUAAGAGGAAUCACACAAUAACUGCAGAUUUUUAAACAAAUCACCGACCUUGCAAAUACUGAAAUUGGAAAGGGGUCUGCCAGAGCAGGGUGUUGGUUAAAAUCGUACCUCCAAGUAUCUGGGGGAUAUAUUUAUUCUGUAUUGAUAAAAGCAAACUCACAGUUUCUUUUCUUUUUCUUUUUUUUAAAGCUUAACUCUGCAAUCAUUUGUCUUUUAUAAACCAUAAAGCUACCCACAAGGGCCAUUAUAAAUAAGACCCCAAGUUUUAAUUUAUGAUGUUUUUAAAGCUGUGUGAGGGGAGAAUGAAGUGGUGAUAUUUACAAAAAAGCUAAAAGGAAAAAAAAAAGAAGAAAACAGAAAAAAAAUUUAAAAAAAAAGCUUGUAUGGGACAGAAUAGGAAUGCCAGUUAGAUUUUUUUAGAAAACUAAGGGUCGGCUUUUGCGCCUUAAAGCAUAUCAAUGGUAGUUAGCUCAGACAGUGCAUUUUCAAUAUCUAACUUAACAUGCCACCCCUUAGCAGUUCUGCAAGCUUCCUUCUCUCUUUUGUAUGGUUGUCUUUCGUAACUGUGUAAAUAAAUGCAGCCUGGAAAGUUACCAAGCGACAUACAUGAUCACAUUUUCCCCUUGUACUCCAGUGCCUCUAGACAGAUUAUUAAAAAAAAGAAAAGAAAAAGAAAAAAAUAACAAAACAAAACCCUGCAUCUUUUAACCCGAUCUCAUUCUUUUACUUAAUGAUAACUUCUUCCGAAGCCAGUGGCCUCUGAAAGUGGAGUGGCAUGGUGCACGCCCUGAGUCAGAAACUCCUUUAAGACUUCUGGAACAGGGUCCAGGCACAGAAUUCCACAUAUGCCCUCCAAGCGGAAAUCUCACUCACACGCCUCCGAGAGAUUUGAGCUUACUCCUCCUAGAAUCCUAAAUGCUAACUUUAUGUCCAGGCUCAAAAACAAAAACAAAAACAAAAAGCAAACACAGACAAAGCAAACUGACAAAGGCGGGUGGGCACGCUGUUCUGUUCGGGUUCCAGAAUCACACAGGGGCCUGUACCAGCAAGACCCUGUCGUGGUUGUAAAGUUAUAAAUUCAAUCAACCGGCAAAGUGCUUUGGGGUUCAGAAUGAAAGGAAACUGGGGAAGAGGAAGAGACGGGGAGUUCUCGAACUCAGCUUUCUUUGGAAAGUUUUGCUUCUUACUGGAAAGUGUUCUUAAAAGAAAGAAUCCACAGCAAAGAUUCAGCCGGGGAGACUCCGAGGGGCACUGGCCUGGCUGGCUUUUCUUUGCCCUUCUGUUUCUGUAUGUAGUUAUAAAUACUGUAGAUUUUUUUGUGAUUUUUUUUGCCAAAGUUGUUUUAUUUAUACAUUUUAAUGUCUGAAGAUGGUUUUCGAGCUCACACACAGAAAAAAGAUUUUACCGCAUAUUUUGCAAAGAAAUAAAAAGCGCACUACCUUAGCUUGCACAUACUUGCAAAGUGAACUCAAAGGCUUUUGUUUGUUUGUUUUAAUGGGGAUUUUGUAAAAUAUCCAUAUAAAUAAUGUAUUUAUCUUUGGAAUUUGUACAUUGCUUUUCUCUCCUCCCACCUCCAACUCCCAGUUUAUUUUUUUUUUUGUGUAUGUGUGUGUGUGUGUUUGCUUUGUGAACAGUGCGUAUAGUUUGGUCACCUAUGGUUGUAUUGGCUGUUUCAAUGUGAUUUUUAAACAAUUCAUUUAUAGGUAUUUUUAGUAUUGUUUCAAACCAUGCUUCAAUUUUUUUUAUUUCCACCCAAAAGCCAUUGUCUAUUUUUGUAUUAUUUGUAAGUUAAGAAGUUUUUUCCAAUAUAUGGCAAAAAAUAGUAGCAUAUUAUUCUUGUAGUAUUUAGUUCUGUAGAUUUAAAAAUAAUGUAUCCUUUGCUUUGGAAGCAUACAAAAAUGCUGUUUUACUCUAUUAAUAUGCAUGGAAUCUCUCCCUUUGGAGUGACGCAUUUUGUGCAUUAAAUUUGGGGGAGAAACUUCAUAGCGAUCAAUGAACAUACUUUCUUUCUUAAGUCUGCUUGUAUAUUCUGUCUUUCACAUAAAUAUAAACCAGCAGAUUGGAUGCCUUAACAAUGCAAAUCAUAUCCAUUUCACCUGUACAUUGUACUGUGCACCCCGACUGUCAAUCAUCACUAACAUUUAAGAAAAAAAAAGAAAAAGAAGAAAAAAAACAAAGAAAUUGAAAAGCACAAAAGAACUGUUUUGUUACUUUAAGACAAUGUUACUUUUUCUAGUAGAGCAAGCGAUCAUUAACAACGAUGCUGCAACUGUGCAUGCCCCGUAUGGAUUCCAAUGGUUUUCACUAGACUGUCAGAGUGCAGAUUUUUAUGGGUUGGGGAGGGCAGGGGAGGGAGCGGGGAGGUUGAUAAGGGAGGGGAGGGAGGAAAGCUGAUUUUUCAUGAUGAGAAAUAAUAAUAAUGACGACUGAUGAUAAUAAUAAAAAGAAACUGGAAAAAUAUAAGCAAGGUUUAGCAUUGCUUCUCCGUACUCAGAAAGGUUGUCUGAAUUCGUGUGGUAAGCGCUGGCCUGAAGAUGUCUAAGGUCUAAAGCCAUAUUUUGUCUGGUGAGCCAGACACCAGUCUGCAAAGGAACAAGCAGUGAGCCGGUGAGAUGUCCGGCUCAGACCCUGACAAAAGACGCCACCAAUUUGUUAGCCAUGUGCCAUGGUGAGAACUUUACUGGAAAGCCCAAAGAGCCUUUAAAAAGAAAACAUGUAUCCUUUGUGUUUUGCUGUUUAUGUUUGAUUAGAUGACAGAGAAGCACUCUGGUUCUGGGAACCAUUUUCUUCUACACAAAAUGUUGUUUUCAAGUCCCUUUAAGACAUAGCCCCCCUAAAUACAGAAUAUGGCUUUAAAAAGAAGACGGAGUAGAGAAUUAAUUCUGAUUUCAGUUUUGGGGGAAGAGCCCUGCCUCUGGAUGACUGGAUACGCAUAUGCCAUGCCCGGCUUCACAAUGUAGGAUGCAGCUUCUUGAACUCAUCUCUCAAUCUACUAACCUUUCACCUUCUUAUCAAAACUUUUUCAAUAGACACACACUGUACAGUUCAAUUGUUAGAGCACUUAACUACUGUAGAGAUUGUUAUAAUUUUCCUUUUCUUUUUUUUUCUUUUUGCAAAAAAUUCAAGCUGUAAAAACUUUUCAACUUUCACAAUAUUUAAUUAAAGUUACUUCCUGUCUGUGA